AUGAAUCGUCUAGCAGAAUCUGAUCUGAGAUAUACUGGUCCUGUAGUAUGCAAACGAAAAGAAUCAGAACAUAUCAAAUUGUCAGAAGGUCGUCAGCCUAAAAAACCACGUCUUGUUUUUACUGAUAUACAAAGACGAACUUUGCAGGCUAUAUUUAAAGAAACCAAGCGACCUAGUAAAGAAAUGCAGUCUACAAUAGCUCAACAACUUGGAUUACAAGUUUCAACAGUAGCAAAUUUUUUUAUGAAUGCUCGUCGUCGAUCACUAGACAAAUGGCAGGAAGAUACAAGUAAACUGUCGAGUACGAUUAAUUCACCAUCGGAUUCCCCAUACAGUCGUAGUGACGAACAUGGGCAACAGCCAAGUAUGAUCCAUAAUUUACGCUGUUCACAAGAUGGUGAUUUCAGCAAUUGUACACCUUAUUUAUUACCAUCUAGACGUCAACCUGGAUGUUCAUUGUCAAUUACUACUCCCGUAUCAACAUUAAAAACAUUAGAUAAUAGUUUCAUAUCAGGGAAUCCAACAGAAUUGGAACGAAUAACACGAAAUAAUAGUUUAGCUUCUUGUAAUAGUUUUACAAAACCUAGUAAUCAGUUACCGUUAAAUUCGAAUCUUGCAAGAACAGUAUUAAGUAACAAUAAUGAUAAAAGUGAUUUAUUUAAAUGUGAUAAUUCAGGAAAUAAUAUGAUCCCAUUAGAACACUGUACAUUUAAUGCACUGAAUUCAACUGAUAAUCCUUCAACUAUUCCAACUGUUAUUUACGCAUCACAAAAUUCAACUUGUGAACAACAACAAAUGAAUGCAGAAAUUUUUUCAACUAAUUAUCCUUUACAUUUAACAACACAAAUUCAACAUUCAUUUCCACAUCAACUACAAUCACAACAACAACAGUCGAAUCCUCCUCCUCUUCAUCAUCGUCAUCAUUCACAGAGUUCAUCGCAUCCUAUGAAUACACAAUUAGUACCGUCAUCUUCAUCUUCAUCAUCAGCAUCAUCAUCGCAUCACUUGAAAUUUCCAUUGGAUAUAUUAGAUCAGAAUAACAGUACUAGUAAAUAUUCAACUAACAACCGUCGAUUACAUAGUUCUGAGCAUGAAACCAUUCAUAGUAAUAAUAAUAAUAAUAACAAUAAUAAUAACCACAACCUAAUUAAAUCAAUUUAUCCAUAUUGCAAUUCACAAGCAAAUUAUACAUUCCCUGUAUCAGGUAACUUACCUUCACAUCAGGCACAUUUAGAUCUAUUCAAUACUAUUACUGCUGCUAGUACUACUACUGCUACUGUUACUACUACUACUACUACUAUGAGUAUCAGUAACAAUAAUCUUAUUAAUAAUAAUAAUAAUAAUCAGCUUUUAAUGCGUGAUUUAUCUAAUAGUCAACAGUUUGAUCACCGUUUCUUAAGUACGAUGACUAGUGGGCAGUUAACAUUAACUGAACAAGCUUUAGAACUAUGCUCUUCAUUAGCCGCUGCCAAUGCUAUUUCAUUUAAUAAUAAUAAUGAUAAUAAUAAUACAGUUCAUUUGACCAGUGAAAAAUCAGAUCAUUUUCAUACUAAUCCAGAAAUACAACUUUCACAUGAAUUAAAUGGAUCAGUUGAUAUAAACAAUAUUGUUUUCAAUAAUAAUAAUAUUAAUACUGAAAAUGAUGUGAAAAGUACAGAUAGUUUGACAAACGACACUAGUAAUAAUAAUAAUAAUGGUCAUGAGGAUGACAAUGAUAAUCGACACUGCCACCGCGAACAACAAUACGACCAAAUAGAUUUAAUGAGUAAAAUAAAUUUAUCAAUAACUGAGUGUAAUCAACUGCGUUUGCUACCAUCAAAUGAUUUAUCUAGACAUCUCUAUUUCUCUACUAAUGAGUUUAUCGAUCAGAUGAAACAAACAAAUAACAAAAUAAUUGACGAAAAUAACGAUCUUGAUGAAGUUGAAGAUCGAGGUGAGUGUGUUGAAGACAUAGAUGAUAAUGAUGGGGAGGAGGACGAGGAUGAAGAGGAUGAAGAGGACGACGAGGAGGGAAUCAGUGCAGAAUUAUGCGAGGACGAGGCGGAGAACUCAGAAGAUGAUGAUGACGAUGUUGACACAAUAAAUAGCUACAAAAAACAAUCUACGAGACACGAUUUGAAUUCUAAUUCAAACGACUAA